AGACGAAAUGCUGCGAAGCAUAUCGCCCAGCGUGCUAACGAUUCUUAUUUCUUUAUUGCCCACAAGGGGCUAAACAUAGAGGGGACAGACAAAGGGAUUAAGUCGAUUAUAUCGACUCCAGUGCGUAACUGGUACUUAUUUAAUCGACCCCGAAAGGAUGAAAGGCAAAGUCGACCUCGGCGGAAUUUGAACUCAGAACGUAGCGGCAGACGAAAUACCGCUAAGCAUUUCGCCCGGCGUGCUAACCACUCUGGCAGCUCGCCGCCUUUACAAAUUGAAAUGUGUAUUGGCUCUGACCCAUCGCCUUCGCUUACAAGUUACCAAUGAGGCGCUUUUCAGGGUAAGCCAUGUUAUACAUUAAAUUGUGGCCCCUAUCUUUUACAUAUAAGGUAAUUUUUUUAGUAUACACAUCUCGUUUUCUAGAUAAGAAAUUGUCUCCAUGUAAAUCUUAAAAUGUAAUUUUUUCUGUUUAUGAGAAAACUAGAAAAAUAGGGUUGAUGAUAAUAACAAUAAAAGUGAGGAAGUAGAAUAUUCAAGAAAUCUCUUUCAAAAACUAUUAAAUUUAUAAAAAUACAGCCGCAAUUAAUUAAAGAAUAGAGUUAGUUCCCCUUGUUGAUUGUAAAAUCUCUUCCUCAUUUCUUGUUCUUGUUACGCACCUGCACUGCUUGAUCAGUUCCACUUUACAACUGAUAUUUAAGAGAAAACCCUAUUAAAUAUAUACAUGAUUGGUAAUUAACUGCCUGAAGAAAAAGAUACGGCAUGUUUCAUGUUGACCUGAAAAAUAUAAAUCAAUGUUUGUUGUAAAAAUCUAGAAGUUCUAUUUGAAGCUGUCAUUGUCCAGUCUGACUUACAUUCUCAAUACUGCAACAUAUUCCUCGUUGACUCUUUCUCUCCAUAUCUAUUACUAUAUAAUCACAUGAAAUUGGCUAAAAAGUAUUUUUUUACUUUUAAAGAAUCUUCAAUAUGUAUCAUACUUGAAAGACUCUGCAAAGAUAUUCUACAAACGUAUAACCCUGCUUCUAUAAAACGUUGCUGAAUUACUGUGAAAUAUUUCCUCUGAGAGAGAAAGCAUUUCUUUCCUUUAGUGUCUGAAAUGUGCAAGAGACAAUUUUCUGUUUUAAGUAUACUUUGAUGAAUUUACAAAAGUAUUUGCAACAUUUCUAAAUAUUGAUUAAGAUCACAUUUAGAAGAAAAGUGAUAUCUGUUUGGAAUAAACUAUAAAAGUAAAGAGAAGAAAAAUAUUGAUAUAUUUUGGUGAGAGGAGAGACAUUUUUGAAAAGUUAUUCACGUGUAAAAUUUGAAGGAUUGGCUUUAUUUUUCUUAAAGAGAUGUUGGAAGAAUUAGGAAAAUCAUCACAUGACUGUGACAUCUGCAAAGAGUCAUUCCUAGAAAAACGUAAAUCCAAUAAAAACCAAGAGAUUCAUACAAGUGAAGAACCAUAUCCCUGUGAUAUCUGUGGUAAAUCAUUGUCUGACAGGACAAGUUUAAAUCAACACAAACGUAUUCAUACAGGGGAGAAACCCUAUCACUGUGAUAUCUGUGGUAAAUCAUUCUCUCAGAACAGUACCUUAACUCAGCACAAACGCAUUCAUACAGGUGAGAAACCAUAUUCCUGUGAUAUCUGUGGUAAAUCAUUCUCUGUUGGCAGUACUUUAACUAAACACCAACGUAUUCAUACAGGAGAGAAACCAUAUGAUUGUGAUAUCUGUGGUAAAUUAUUCUAUGAAAGAAGUAACUUAACUACUCAUAAACGGAUUCAUACAGGGGAGAAACCGUAUCCUUGUGAUAUCUGUGGUACAUCAUUCUCUCAUCACAGUCAUUUAAUUCGACAUACACGUAUUCAUACAGGUGAGAAACCAUAUCAGUGUCAUAUCUGUGGUAGAUCAUUCUCUGUUGGCAAUAACUUAACUAAACACAAACGUAUUCAUACAGGUGAGAAACCAUAUUACUGUGAUAUCUGUGGUAAAUCAUUCUCUUCUGGAAGUGACUUAAUUGAACACAAACGUAUUCAUACAGGUGAGAAACCAUAUCACUGCGAUAUCUGUGGUAAAUCAUUCUCUUCUGGAAGUACCUUAACUAAACACAAACAUAUUCAUACAGGUGACAAACCAUAUCACUGUGAUAUCUGUGGUAAAUCAUUCUCUCUUGGCACUAACUUAAAUAAACACAGACGUAUUCAUACAGGGGAGAAACCAUAUCGCUGCGAUAUCUGUGGUAAAUCAUUUUCUGAUGACAGUAGCUUAACUAAACAUAAACGUAUUCAUACAGGAGAAAAACCAUAUCGCUGUGAUAUCUGUGGUAAAUCAUUCUCUGAUGGCAGUAGCUUAACUAAACACAAACGUAUUCAUACAGGGGAGAAACCAUAUCACUGUGAUAUCUGUGGUAGAUCAUUCUCUGAAAGCAGUAGCUUAACUACUCACAAACGUAUUCAUACAGGGGAGAAACCAUAUCGCUGUGAUAUCUGUGGUGCAUCAUUCUCUCAAAACAGUAGCUUAACUACCCAUAAACGUAUUCAUUCAGGAGAGAAACCAUAUCACUGUGAUAUCUGUAAUAAAUCAUUCUCUGAAAGUCGGCAUUUAACUAGACAUAAGCAUAUUCAUUCUGUAAAAAAAUCCUAAUCACUGUGAUUUGUGGUAAAUCAUUCUCACAAAAUCCUUGCUUACUUAAACACAAAUGCAUUCCUUAUGAAGUGGAUCCAUAACACUGAUAUUUGUUUAUAACAUCUCAAAAGGACAAGCUCGUAUCUCAUAAACACAUCCACAGAAGAUAGAAACUAUAUGAAUGUAAUAUCUAUAGUAAAUCUUUCAUUUGAAAUGAUCCAUUAAUUAAUCAAAAGAGCAUUGACAGAGGAGGGAAAUCAUAUCACUGUGAUAUUAAUGUGAAAGAUGUAAUAUUUCCCUCUUCUGUCAAUGUUCUUGAUAUUUGUGUUGAACCAAUCUAUGAAAAUGAAAUUUUAAUAUUUUCUCUACAUCUAAAAGUUUGUAAUUCCUAUUAGGAAAUGAAACACAUGUAAUGCUGAAUAAAUAAUAUCAAACUUUUU